UGACAGCCAUUUUGGUGAAUCUGACGGGAAUUUCGCUGUGUGCAACAACUUGGUUGUGGCAUCAUUUGCCAAGAAGGUGGGUGGUCUCAAAUCUUAAGGUUGUAGCCCAGAAAACCCUGUCAGGAUGUCAACUGACGAUGACAUGCGGCGUGAGCUGCAGGAAAUUCAGAUGAAGGCGAAUGAAACCACAGAUGAGUCUUUGGAGAGCACCAGGAGGAUGGUGGGACUAUUGGAAGAGAGUAAGGAGGCUGGCAUCCGCACACUUGUCAUGCUGGAUGAGCAAGGAGAACAACUUGACAGGAUUGAGGAAGGGAUGGAUCAGAUCAACCAGGACAUGAAAGAUGCAGAGAAAAAUCUAGAGGGUUUAGAGAAAUGCUGCGGUUUAUGUGUGCUACCAUGGAAAAAGGGAGGUAACUUUGAGAAGAGUGGCGAUUACAACAAGACCUGGAAGGCUUCUGAGGAUGGCAAGGUGAACACAGAUGGACCACGUGUGAUUGUAGACUCGGGACCUGGAGGCCCCUCAGGUGGCUACAUCACAAGAAUAACAAACGAUGCACGUGAAGAUGAAAUGGAGCAGAACCUGACAGAAGUGGGGGGAAUGAUUGGUAACUUAAGGAACAUGGCCGUGGAUAUGGGUAAUGAGAUCACUGCCCAGAACAAACAGGUGGAGAGGAUCGGCGGCAAGGGCGCUUCUAAUCAAACACGCAUUGAGGAAGCAAACAAGAGGGCCACCAAAAUACUGAAAUCCUAACUGUUUAAUGGGUGUGGUGGGAACUAAACAGAAACCUACAACCUGACACCAAUUUGUGGCAACAUGACACCAAUUUGUGGCAACAUGACACGGAUUUGUGGCAACAUGACUGUAACACAUGGCAACAUUACACUAUUAAGACCUGCAAUACCUAUCCUUACACUUUUAAGACAACAUUGCACUGUUUGUGGCAACAUUACACUCAUGUUGUUGUGGAGGACAUCACACCAGUUUUGGCCGACUUGCCCCGCUGUGACAAUGUUUGCAUGCUGUUUUCUGUGUUUAUUAGAUUGUUACCAUAACCUUGCAUUUUUGAACUGAACGGGUGUCUGUGAUUUAUGAGACUGGGUCAGUGAGAUUGACAUCUACCCAUGCUGGACACUGCUGGUUGCCAAAUUUAAAUACAGUACCUUUUUACAUUGAUAUUGUCUCACAUGUGUGCUCAUUUCUACGUAAUCAUCCGUAGAUACUUGGUCAUAAGCUGACUAUAUCAACACAAGCAUCAAGCAGUAGAAGCAGCUGAUCGUACAGUCUGACAUUACUAGACGCGUUUGUACUUCCUCAGUACAUACACUGCAGGCAGUAAUGUGGGAUAAAAUUCAUGCUUGUCUUGUAGCUUUAAAUGUCCACGAAAGCAUUAUCAAGUGAAGCUGUUGAAGGAAACAGAUUCUUUGUUGUACAUAGGAACUUUGGACCAAAACCACAUAGGUACAUUUCUAGACAUAUCUCAUGACAGCACAGAAUUUAGUUCCGGACAUUGGGAAAACAUGUCCACUGGUGACUGCUGAAUUAUGAAGAUGUGCAAAAUAAACCUGAAUGUGUUCAAUGAUUUUAUACGUUUGAUCAAAAAGAGAGAAAAAAAGCUCAACAGUGGAUUUGAUUCAGUGAUAUAAAUGAAUCCUGUCUAGCUAGGAUGGUUUAUGUUGUUAGUUUAUACAUGUACAUGUAUGUUCAGGUACUUGAGGAAUCGAAACACAUUUUAUUUAGCAAGCAAUACAACUCCCGUUUUGUUUUAAGCUGUAAUUUGUUGGGAAACAAUUUUAAGUAGCUUUGCCAUAUUACAACAUCUCUGAGUGACAUUUCUGCGAGUAAUGUUUACCCAAGUAAAAACAUUUGGAUUAGAUUUCAAACUUCAUGGUAAAGUGAUGCAUACGUCUUGAAGUUUUCCUCCAUAUCUUUGGUGUCAAGUCUCUAUCAUACAACAGAAUGCCUGUGUCUUCAAACAGUCCUGCAUGUGCUUGGUUGUGGUUGCACGCUAUGUAAAUCAACCUGCAAUCAAGAGGAGCAUAUGCAACAUAUACAUUCCACUUCACAACAUUGGCGACUCGGCAUUGCGCAGCAACUAAUCUGUAUGUGUUUUUGUUGAUAUUGUUUAUUUGCAUGACAUUUUUGAUUCACAGAUGACCUACCUGUUUUUCAUUAAUCUUGAGUUUUGUGUCCAUUUCAGGUUUUAGUUUAUUUUGUCAUUUGGUUUUCAGUUUGCUUUCAUUUCAUUUUUACUUUCAAUCGUAGUUGUGUCUUUUAUGUACUGUUUGUGUUUUAUUUUCUGGUUUUGAUGGUUUUGUUGUUUUCCUAAUUUAUGUUUUCUUUCUUGUCUUUCCCUUGCAUGUCUUGGUGUUGUUUUCAUUGGCUGGUGAACACCUAAUUAGGCUGGAUCUCUCAAUGUCAGGGUGGACACAGCCAAUUCCAGAGCCAAUCGGAUUCUUCGAAAUCAGUAAUCUACAAACCAACAGAGAUCUUUAUUUAUGCAUAUUUGUUAAGUCUAUAAAAGUCAACUUGUAAAAGUCUAUAGAACUGUAAUUAUGCCAGACGUGAAGUAUUUUAAACCCAGGACCAAUCACUAAAGGCAACUUUUCAUAAGUAGCUUGCUUUUUGUAAAGGACAGUGGCAUUCUUCCCCAGUAGUUUUUAAACAUACAUACAUUUUUGGUAUUUUAAGUGAACUUCCUUGUACAUGUACAUAAGGCGAUUGAUAUCUGCUCUCUGAGAGAAAAAAAUGACCAUCAACAGCAUUGUUGCGGGAACUUUGAUAUUAAUGUUCAAAGGACAAUACACAAAUAAACCAGCUUGAUGUUCAGGUUGUUUGGAGUUUUAGUAGUUCAGUUUCUGUUGUAAAUGUACAUGUACUGUGUUAUUUUGCAUGCCUAUACACAAGUUUAUGCACUGCACUCAUUCUUGUCUUCUGCAAUUACUUCUAAAACAUUUUGUGCAGUUUUCAUUUGGAAGGUUCACAAUCAGAUUUAUUUUUAAGGCAAGUACUUAGCAAAACAUCACUGAUGUUCUGGUUAACGUUGUAACAUUGGUAUAUUGUUACCAGACAGGAUGUACAUUUACUGUCUACAACUCAGACUUGUGCUAUUCAGUUCAUACAGCUGGUUGCUGCCAGUUUUUACAUGUCAUUGUAUUGCAAUAUAUGUUUGAAUCUGUGAUUCUUUUCUGCAUAGUUUGAAUUUCAUUGUAUAUUGGUUGUAAAUAUUCAGUGAGAAUUACUAUGUAGUUAUAAUUAUGAAGGCGUAACAAUUACUUUAUUGCUACCUUUUGUAUGUAGCUAGGCCUACAUGUACAUUUAUACAUGUGUGGUUUGGAGUAACGUAUUAGGCGCAGCAUUAUGUUACUGAUAGUCUCACUUUCAUUCCAUGCAGUUUGAAUGAGAAAUUCCGGGUUUGAUCCAGGUUGUGCUCUGACAAGUCUACUGAGGUUACCAUUGUGUAAUACUCAUUUCUGUAAGUGUCAAAAGACAGAGGUAUCAAAGAUUUUUAGUAUUGCUCUGAUAUUUUGGACACAGGGAAGAACCUGGAGAUUUUAAGAUCUGAAUCAUGUCAAAACUAUGUAUUAAAACAAGAAAUUUUUGACACCAUUAAAUCAGUUGGGGCUAGAUGUGCUCUAGCAAGCACCAAAAAGAUUCGCAAAAGCCAUAUGCAAAAAAGCUGGAAGCGAACAGAUAUUCUGUGACUUACAACAUGGUUUUUAUUUGGCAAUUUUGAUGGUUAAAUUGUAGAUAUAUUUGUAUAUAGAUGUGACUGCAGUACGUGUACAGGUACAGGUGUGGUGUUAAGAUUAACCCAUUCCUGUGAAAAGUCCAUGCAGCAACAUUUCGAAGCUCCUGUACAGGUAUUCAUAGUGGAUCUAUGUAACCUAUGUGAGCUUUGUGUAUGACUACAUGGACUGUGCAUUAUCUGCUGUCUGUAUGCAAUGCACAUAUGAGCGGUGAACAUGCGUAAUAUACAAUUAACAUGUAUUUGCCAGAACAUUGUUUGGCAUGAUUAUGUUUGUUAUUUUAAUUUGAAGGGAUUGUGGUAUGGCUACAUGUAUAUGGUGCCCUAUUGUUUGACUCACAAACCAGAAUCUUAAUUUUCUGUAAUAUUUAGCAAGAUUUUCAAAUGAUUUUCGUAGAAUUUGUAUGUAAAUUAAAUCUCCAUAAAGUUUCUCCUCUCCUGGAACAAAGAGCUUGGAUUAAUUUGCCAUUGUGUGUAUGAUUUCUGUACUUCUUCUGUUUUAUGGACCCUGAAGUUUUUGGAUCACCUUGGCAAGCGUGAAUUCUUUUAAAAUGCACAUUCUAAUAGCUAUUUUUUUUUAAUGACAGCCCGCUCAGUGAAAGCCAAUGGAAAGGUCUACAUAAAAAACACCUGAAAAAUACUGCUUGCAUUGAUAAUGUAGAAAAGCAUGGUUUAGAAUCACACAUGAUAAAUUCGUCGUACCUGAUUGAAAAAAAAAAUUGCUUUCUUAGUGAUAGAUUGUUAUCUUUUAAAACUAAUAAAAGCUAGUGCAAAUGUUUUUUCUUUCCUCAAGGCACUUGUUUAAUAAAAUAUCAUUAUGUUUUGGAAAUGAGUUCAGCUAUACUUCUACAAUGGACAUGUUUCUGUAAUGGCCAAAUUUGUUACAAUUUAAGCUUGAUAAUUCUGAAUUCACACCAUGACAGUAAAGGGGCAAAAUACAACUCUUUAAAAUUAUGACAAGGAAAUUGUUUUAUGAACUUGUAUUUGAAGAUACCUGUGUCUAACUUAGUAUUCAUUUUAUUCCUUGCUAUUCGGACAAGUUUUAUUUUUGUCUUGUUUUAAGUGCUGAUCUUUUCAUGGAUUGUAUGCUACCUUUCAUAUUUGGAUGACACAUUAAGGGGUGUAUGAGUGAAGACGAUCCAUUGGUUCAUUCUGUCUUACCCUCUUGUCACUGAUCUACAGGAUGUGGAUGAAGGUUAUUUCCUCGUAACUUUUCAGUGGUCUGUAUAUUUAGUGUGAGCACUGUGGAAUUUUGACCAGACAUGUUCCAGCUACUGGGUUACAGCAAAGUGUCCUGAGGACUGUAGAACAAACCCAUCAUCCAGCUGUUCAUCUCACAUAGAGGAAUAGAUGCAAUGUAGAGGACUGUGGUUGAAGCUUUCAUCACUGCAUCAUGGUAGAUCUUGAUAAACUUUGUCGCUGGAUUGACAUGUAGAGAUCACAUAAUUUAGUGCAUCUUUCAUGCUAUGUUUGCAGAUACAUAUAUAUAUAUAUAUCAACAUGUUAAUGUUUUCAUCCUCAUUGACUAUUAAAAUGUGC